GUAAGAUGAGAUCGCUGUUAUGUAGUUGAGCUAGCCUCAUUGCUGCAGGAGUGUAUCGGAGCUGCUGCUGGUUCAAUGUUCUCGUCCUCCAGGCUAAGGCUCAUUUUGCGUCAUUUUGUGAACAGUGGUAUGGGAGAGAUGUCCUCCAAAGCCCAGAAGCCGACCCCAGAAUCAGCCCUGCCCGGCCGUACUGCGGGCAUCAAAGUCUCAGCCAAACACGAUGUGAACGGCAACAAGACUGUUCCACCUUUUCCAGAGGGGACAGAGAUGGCCACGUUUGGGAUGGGCUGUUUCUGGGGAGUGGAGAGGAAGUUCUGGAAACAGAAGGGGGUUUAUUCCACCCAGGUGGGCUACGCAGGAGGGUACACAGCUAACCCCUCCUACAACGAGGUCUGCACAGGCAAGACGGGUCACUGUGAGGUGGUGAGAGUCGUCUUCCACCCAGAGAAGAUCAGCUUCUCCAACGUGCUCAAAGUGUUCUGGGAAAGCCACAACCCGACUCAAGGGAUGAGACAGGGGAACGAUGUAGGGACGGAGUACCGCUCAGCCAUCUACGUGGAAACAAAGCAGCACCUCGAGGAAGCGUUGGCCUCCAAAGAUCAAUACCAGAAGGUACUAACAGAGGAAGGUUUUGGUGAAAUAACGACAGAAAUAGCCCAGGAAAAACCAUUCUACUACGCAGAGGAUUACCACCAGCAGUACCUGAACAAAAACCCAGAUGGAUACUGUGGGCUGGGCGGGACUGGAGUCUCCUGUCCAAUAGGAAUCAAGAGCAAGGUCUAGAUAGCCAAUCACAGCCAUGAACCAUCUCCUUCAGUAAGGCUGCAACCAGGAAAUGAUCUUAAUUUAAAAUGAGUUUUAAACAUAAACACAUUUGAUUUUUACAAGCAUUUAAACAUUAAGUCCAACAUGUAUAAUGUAUAAGGCCAUACGAACCCUAAUGCUUCAUCUUUCUGGAAAUAAGCAGGGAUUUUCUGAAGCUGUAGCUCAGUUUGCUGAAAGAAUAACACUCAUUGCAAUGCAGAUUUCUGCCUGAUGUAACCUAGCGACAUACACUGCAGUGGAGACGCUGAUUAAGGCUGUCAGUCUCCUCAGCUCGUAGCUAUGAGUAAACAUCCCAGUGCCUCAAGAUGAUGCAUAAAGCGUGCAUCGUAGCAUGGUUCCUUUGCAAAGGCUUUACACAAGAAUACUCCUCAACGCAAUUCUGUGUAUUAGAUAAAUGAUAGUGUUUGUAAUCUAAUGAAAUAAAGUUAAAGAAGUGGUGAACAUCUUACACAAUCUUCGCACUGAAUGCAUCGAUCCACUAUGUGUUUCAGAGUCCAAACGACUCGUUGCUUUCCUGCUCAGAUUGCUUUAUUAAUGAUGACUAUUGUAUGAUGAACUUAAAACCAAUGCAGGUUACUUUUUAGAAGUCUGUUAAGGAAUACAAUGGAUUAAAAGCUUGUUUUCUGAGUGCUGUUCAGAUCUAUACACUGAAUGUAUUAUUUUGAUGGAAGAUGAGGAAAUAACGCAAUAAUUGAUCCUCAGGGAUAUCUUACAGAUCACUUAAUAUGGUAUGAAGUGACCUCUGACUGUUAUUUGAGAGAUAUUUUGCUUCCUUUUUGCACAUUGCCCUUACUGAAUUUGAAGGAGAAAGUGAAUAUUUAAUUAAAAACAUAUUCAGAUA